CGACACGUAGGGCUUGAGUCUGAAUCCCUCCAAGUCAGGCACCACAAACUGGGGGAUCAUUGCCUGUACUGGAACAAAUUUUCUGCUGGAGGUUAGUACUCCUGUUGGCUGUGCCCCUCUGCCUUUGUAGUGAGUCCUUGAGCCACGUUUGCUGGUGAAUUCAGCCAUACGAUCGGCUCCUCUUACAAUGCCCCGUCGAAGAGCAUUCAAUACGCCCAUCGCAUCGAAGAGUUUUGGAGUCAAACUGUUGGGCAAAUCUGUAUGGAGUCAAUGAAAUGGGAAUGGAUGACAAGGUGGAUGACAAAGAUGAGGACAGCUGCAGUAUAUACCCGAGCCUGCUGCCACUUGGCAGUGAAAUUAAGGCCAGGAUGCAACAUUGGAUGGAGGACAGAACAGAGACUGCUAUACCAUUGCCAUUGUGGACUGGUGUGCUGGUCGUAGCUGUACUGGCUGUGUUGGCAGUGUCUCUCAUCGGCAUGGUUGUGUUUUUAUUCUACAGAAGAUACAAACAGUACAAGGAGCAGCAGCCUCACUAUCGCUUCAGGAAAAGAGACAAAGUUAUGUUUUAUGGCAGAAAGAUCAUGAGAAAGGUGCAGACCUUGUCCUCUACCUCAACCCCUACCUCUACCUCAGAGUCACAGAAGCAGCGAAUCAGGAAGAGAACUAAAGUCCUGUCUAUAGCGCGAAAAAUACUGCGCAUUAGGAGGGAGCCCCCCACCCUGGUGGCUAAGGAGCCCCCUCCCUCUUUGCUGGAGGCUGACCUCACAGAGUUUGACGUGCAGAACUCUCACCUGCCCUCUGAGGUGCUCUACAUGCUUAAGAACGUCAGGGUCCUGGGCCACUUUGAGAAGCCUCUGUUCCUGGAGCUGUGCCGUCACAUGGUGUUUGUGCAGCUCCACGAGAUGGAGACACUCUUUCGUCCCGGGGACAUCGACGACAGCAUCUACGUGGUGCAAGAUGGCCGUCUGGAGCUCUGCAUACAUGAGAGUGAUGGGACAGAUGUGGUGGUAAAGGAGGUGUUUCCAGGAGACAGUGUCCACAGUCUGCUCAGUAUCCUGGAUGUCAUCACUGGUCACUCAGCCCCCUACAAGACUGUAUCUGCCAGAGCUGCAACCCCUUCUACCAUACUGCGUCUUCCAGCUGCUGCCUUCCACUCUGUGUUUGAGAAAUACCCAGAGACCCUGGUCCGUGUUAUCCAGAUCAUCAUGGUACGCCUGCAGAGAGUGACCUUCCUAGCCCUUCACAACUACCUAGGCCUUACCACCGAGCUCUUCAAUGCGGAGAGACAGGCAAUCCCUCUGGUGGCAGUGCACAGUGUGAUAGGUGAAGCCAACCCGAACAGGGGUCGAGACAGACAUCAAUCUCGGUCUGAUGAGUCUGGCCAUGAGAAGGGGCCCAGCGACACAGAAAUUGGAGAGAGGAAGUCCUGUCUUUCAAACAGCAGCCCAACCACUAAAGGAAAAAGGUCUCGCUCCCAGUCCACUCCUAUGGCAGUGUCAAGUGCCACAUCGGCUGACCUCAACAUGGCAUAUCAGCGAGCCAGAAUAAGAGAAGAAGCCGCUAAAGCAGACACACCACCACCAAGUCCCCAGGUCCCACACAAGUCCAUUCUGAAGAAGAGUGUGACCAUGGUGCACACUCCCUCUGCUGUGUUUCACUACUCUGAUGCUGGAGGAGGUCAGUCAGGUCACAUCCACCACAACAAGGUCAACGCCAUCUUCCAGGCUGCCAAGAAGGACCUGCAGCGCCUCAUACAACUACAGGACCCCAGUCUGUUGGAGGGCAGAGUGACUCUGCGUCAGGUCAAAGCUGGCUGUGUGUUGAACAGCCAGGGGGACCAGGAUGCAAGUGUGCAGUUUGUGAUCUCGGGGGCGCUCCAUGUGUACCAGCGGACGAUCGACCGUGAGGAGGACACCCUGCUGUUUCUGACCCACCCAGGGGAGAUGGUGGGUCAUCUGGCCGUGCUGACUGGUGAACCCCUCAUCUUCAGCGUCCGAGCACACAGGGACUGCACCUUCCUGUCUAUCUCUAAAGCUGCCUUCUAUGAGAUCAUGCGCGAAGAGCCAAAGGUGGUGCUGAAUGUGGCUCACACCGUGGUGAAGAGAGUGUCAGGCUUCGUUAGGCAGAUAGACUUCGCUCUGGACUGGAUGGCUGUGGAGGCUGGCCGCACUGUCUACAGGCAGGGAGACAAGUCGGACAGCACCUUCAUCGUCCUCAGUGGCCGCCUGCGUUCUGUCAUCGCAAAGGAUGAUGGGAAGAAGGAGUUGACCGGAGAGUAUGGUCGCGGUGACCUCAUAGGGGUGGUGGAGGCCCUGACCCACAUGAACCGAGCCACUACAGUGCAUGCCAUCAGGGACUCUGAGCUAGCCAAGCUGCCUGAGGGGGCCCUCAGCUCCAUCAAGAGGAGGUAUCCGCAAGUAGUGACCAGACUCAUCCAUCUGCUGGGACAGAAGAUCCUUGGAAAUAUGCAGCAGGUUCACGGACCCUUGGCAGCCCGUGGUCUGACCCUACAACCCCCCAGCAGUAAGUGGGAUUCAGGGAGCCCGGCCUCUAACCUGUCCACUGUGACCAUCCUGCCUGUGUCAGAGGAGGUGCCUCUUACAGCCUUCACACUGGAGCUGCAGCAUGCACUCAGUGCCAUUGGUCCCGCCUUACUCUUGACCAGUGACAUCAUCAAACAGCGACUGGGUGCUGCCGCACUGGACAGUGUGCAUGAGUACCGUCUGUCCAGCUGGCUGGGGCAGCAGGAGGAUAUCCACCGCAUCGUUCUCUACCAAUCAGACGAUACCUUGACCCCCUGGACCCAGCGCUGCAUCCGCCAGGCCGACUGCAUCAUCAUUGUGGGACUGGGAGAGGCCGAGCCGACCGUGGGCGAGUUGGAGCGGAUGCUGGAGGGCAGUGCAGUGCGGGCCCAGAAGCAGCUGAUCCUGCUGCACAGGGAGGACGGUCCCCCGCCUCAGGGCACUGUGGAGUGGCUCAACAUGAGGAGCUGGAUCUCCAGACACCUGCACCUCUCCUGUCCACACAGGGUCUUCUCCAAGAGGAGCCUGCCUAAACUGAGAGAGAUGUACCAGCGUGUGUUCCAGAAGCCUCCAGACCGCCACUCUGACUUCAGCCGUCUGGCCAGAGUCCUGACAGGCAACACCAUCGCCCUGGUGCUGGGGGGAGGGGGUGCAAGGGGUUGCUGUCAGGUUGGCAUCCUGCGGGCGCUCAAUGAGGCGGGCAUCCCUGUGGACAUGGUGGGUGGCACCUCCAUCGGCUCCCUGAUGGGGGCGCUGUACGCUGAGGAGAAGAGCAACAGCCGUAUGAGGGUCCGCGCUCGCAAGUGGGCCAUGGACAUGAGGUCCAUCUUCAAGAAGGUGUUCGACCUGACGUACCCUGUGACCUCCAUGUUCUCUGGGGCCUCCUUUAACAACAGCGUCAGCGCUGUAUUUAAGGGCAAACAGAUCGAGGACCUGUGGAUCCCCUACUUCAACAUCACAACAGAUAUCACUGCUUCAUCCAUGAGGGUUCACACUGACGGUUCCCUAUGGAGGUAUGUGCGCGCCAGCAUGUCACUGUCUGGGUACCUGCCACCUCUCUGUGACCCCAAAGACGGACACUUACUCAUGGACGGUGGCUACAUAAAUAACCUACCCGCUGAUGUCGCUCGCUCCAUGGGAGCCAAAGUAGUAAUAGCCAUCGAUGUGGGCAGCCAGGACGAGACUAACCUCACCAACUACGGUGACUCACUGUCUGGCUGGUGGCUGCUAUGGAAACGCUUCAACCCCCUGACAGAGAAAGUGCAGGUCCUGAACAUGGCUGAGAUCCAGACCAGACUUGCUUAUGUGUGCUGCGUUCGUCAGCUGGAGUUAGUUAAAGACAGCGAGUACUGCGAGUACAUCCGGCCGCCCAUUGAUCACUACGGCACCUUAGAGUUUGGCAAGUUCGACGAGAUCGCUGAAGUGGGCUACCAGCACUGUAAGACAGUGUUUGACAUGUGGAGUCGUAGUGGGGUUGUGGACAAGAUGAUGAAAGACAGACAUCAAGAGGAAUUUCAUAAGACGAAGAGCGGCAAUGUGGUCACGUGUCCCAAUGCCUCCUUCACUGACCUGGCAGAGAUUGUCUCUCGAAUUGAGCCUGUCAAACCAGUCCUGGUGGAAGAGUUAUCAGAUGAAUACCAAACAGACUAUGAUGAGGAGGCUAUAGAGAGUGCUCUCUCUGACUUUGACAUGUCUAAUCCCAACAGUGGAGCAGAACACACAGAGGGGGAGGAGACGGCAGACACAGAUGAAGAGAUUCAGAUCAAGGUCCGAUGUCACCAAACCGCAUGACCACCAAACCGCCAGACAGUGUUGAUGAUGCAUAGCAUCCAUCAUAUUCAUGACGCACUGUUUCUCCGUCCGGUUAGCAGUGGUCCUCAAUGCCAGUCUAGACUUUUCAAAAUGCACUAUUUUUAAAAAUUAUUUUAGGAGUUGCUCUACAGUGUGUCCAAACAUGAAUGAAGGACAAAUGUACUCUUUGUCCUCUUUGACAUCAAAAAGGAUUUUCCCAAUCAGGGAGCAGAGAUUUAUAUUAUAUCACUAAUAUCGUAUCAUAUACACACCCAGAGGGGAGGUGUGGAAUGUACAAUGUGAACUGUGAGUUCAUGUAAGGGAGCCAAAAUAAGCACAAGUCAUACAGUUGAAGUCGGAAGUUUACAUACACUUAAGUUGGAGUCAUUUAAAACUUGUUUUUCAACCACUCCACAAAUUUCUUGUUAACAAACUAUAGUUUUGGCAAGUUGGUUAGGACAUCUACUUUGUGCUUGAAACAAUAAAUUUUUCCAACAAUCGUGUA